CUCACUUUUUUACUUAAUACAUCAAUCUAUUCGCUUUUUUUCCUGCUUGAUCAAGUCUCAUCACUAUAAUAUUCACUACAUCAUUCAAAAUCCAUUCGACUUAACACCUCUUUAUCUCUAUAUCCAAACAGGCCAUAGAGCUAUACCUCAUGCCACCUCACUGCCCUGAUCCUCUUUGAUCAUACCCCCCAUCUUUUCCCCUUAUUUAUUCAUUAUCUACAAUCACAAACAAACAAACAAAAAAAAGGACAACAAUGGAUAAUACUGAAAAUACCAGCAACAAUGCAACUAAAAACCAAACUACAAGUUUUGACUCAAAUGUUUUCAUCUAUGCAACACUCUUCAUCGGCUUCUUAGUUGCAGUUAUUUAUUUUAGUCGGGUUGUCCUUGUUAAACGCAAGUACAGACGACAGGCAACUAAGAACUUUGACUAUGAGAGUUGUCCACCUAUGUAUCUGAACCAUCUACAAGACCUUCAAGUGUUCGGCGCGCGCUCCGGUAUACUGCAAGAACAUAGAGUAGGAGUAGGAGCAGAAGCGGGGACAGGCGUAGGUCUAGGACAGGCUACUGCGACUGGCCCCAUAGUGCCUUCAAAUGUUUUGAUCCGGGGGGAAGGGUAUUACUUUAUUACACCACGGACACACUCCAUAACUGGAUCUGCAACCGCGACUACAAUCCUGAGUCGCAAUAGCAAUAUUAACGCCCAUUCUAAUGCGAAUGUCAGAAACGUCGCUGCUGCUGAAGCAUCGCCACCUCCUGCAUAUGAAGCUCUCUUGCCAUGUGAGGACCUUGAUCUUCCUCCCGGGACUCCCGGGACUAACGUUCACAAUGCUACAAAUACUGCAACUGCAACCACAACUGUAGCCUCAUUCUCAACAACAUCUCUUGCUCCAGCCCUUGUACGAUCUUCAUCAUCCAAUUCUUGCUCGAGCUUUGCUGUUCUCUUGGCGCCCCACCCUCAGCGCCCAUCGUCGUCGUCGUCGUCAUACUUUUCCAAUGCUUUCAUUAAUGCGCCCAAUAAUGAAAAGUAA